CUGUCAGCCAAGUGCAGUGAGCAGGGAGAGAGACACUGCUGCUCCCUCAUCUCCUCUCUGGUCCAUUUGAGGGGCUCUAACAGCCCAGCAGGAGAUACCAAAUCUGGGCAGGAGCCUUACCACCUCCCCCUUUCUGUCUGCUGGAUCCCCUGGGCCAGGCACUGUGUGCUUAGGGCGUGUGUGUUUGCACGUGUGUGUGAGAGAGGAGCCAAGUCGGUCACACAGACAGCAGAAAAACAAGCCGAGGCAGCAUCCAUCUACCAUCUACCACAUCAGAAGGAGAGGAUAGAGGGAGGAAGGAAGAAUAGACUGAUUGCUGGUGCUGCAGACGGAGGCAUGGAGGAGAGGUGUGUGUCAGCCAUGUGUGUGUGGAGCUGAGGCUUCAGUCACGGGUUCUGGCGGACGGACAGUCGGAGGGAAGGAGGACUGGAAUGUGGAUGUUGCCUGCCUGUCAGAGGGAAACGAUGCUGUGAGCUGGGGCUUAGCAGGCAGAUCUCUCUCUGUGUCUCUUUCUCUCCUCCCUGCACACAGAGGAAAGAAACAUUAGCUGCUAGCUCCAUCUCUCCGCUGCUCUGCUCAGCCGACGCUCUAUCUCUCUCUCCCUCUCCUCUCGCAUCCCUUCAUCUCUCUGCUCCAACCACAGUCUCCCUGGAAAUGAUCUCACACUGGAUGUUGCAGUCAGACACUGCUCUGCUCGCUGAAUAGUAUCGACUUGCACUAGGAAUUUACUAAUCAGAGCAAUGUGUCUGGUCCUUUGGAGAGCCAGUGGAUUUCACAGUGAUUCCCAUCCACCACUCGGAUAUACAGAGUUGGAGUUUUGACACAAGCUCAUCUACGCAGGCCUGUCAGAGUUGUGUCUGCCUGGGGGUUAACGCUCCCUCCACCGUCCCUCCUCCUCCUCCCCCUCCUCCACCAACACCACCGCUGGCUCCUCCACCGCUGGCUCCUCAGUCCGAGCAGAGCUGCUCCACUGCAUCUUUAAUAGAGGUCUCUCAAAGCAUUGCCUUCCAUGGUUUCUGCCCUGCUCCAGACCCUAUCAUCUUACAUCGUGAAGAUUUGCAAAGGAAUGUUUACAAAGAAAUUGGCGAAUCCCACAAAGAAGAAAGAGAGUAGCGACAAUAAAGAGCCUAAAUUGACCACCACUGAUUUGCGUGACCAAGGUAACCUGACGCCGACACUCUCCUCCACUGUGAAAACCACAGUGAAAAAUAUCAGCAAAUGCUCUUCGGCGCGUAACAUCUCUCUUGAAUUAGACGACGGAAAAAAUGACUGCUCAUCUCUCUCACCGACUUUCAGUUACCGUGUAGCGAUAGCCAACGGACUCCCGAAAAACACUCUUCUGCUGAACAAUAAUGAGAGUAUCUUCCAGGAGAUCCUCUCCAUCAAUAGCGAAUACUCUGACUCCCUGAGCGAGGCCAAACCUGUGCGUAGAUUCGAUGAGCAGAAAUCUCACACCAUGCCAGUGAGACGGAACAGGAAGAGCCUCAUUAGUCUGGCGCCCUCCGAUGGCAGCUCAGAGGGUGAGAGGGUGGAGCGCUCAAGUCUGCACACUCUCCGACUUGGCGCGCUACGCAAGCUGAGGAAAUGGAAGAAGAGUCAGGAGUGCGUGUCUUCGGACUCCGAGGUGAGCAACUGGAGGAAGACCCUGGGUAUCCGGAGCAAGUCCCUGGACCGGGCUGGGAGGCAGCAGAAGUCAACCUCUGCCUUAGAAGCCGGCUCCAGCUCUACAGGCUGCAUCAACCAAACCCAGGAUGUGAUGGAGAUGAUCUUUAAGGAGCUGCAGGGCAUCAGCCAGAUCGAGACAGAGCUUUCAGAGCUCAGGGGACAUGUCAAUGCCCUGAAGAACUCCAUCGACGAGAUCUCCUCCAGCGUGGAGGUGGUGCAGACCGAGAUCGAACAACUGCGUACUGGCUUUGUCCAGUCCCGGAGAGAGACGCGAGACAUCCACGACUACAUCAAGCAGGUCAGCCACCAGGCCAACAAGGCCAGCCUGAGGUUUAUAAACGUCCCUGAGGAGAAGCUGGAGAAAACUGAGAGUCUCAUCUAUCACAUUCUAAAGGACAAAAUGGGAUUUGCUGAAGCACAUAAAACACUUAAAAUAGAGCUAGCCCAUCGGUUAGGGCAACAAAGAGAAUGUUCCAAUGCAAAACCUAGGCCUAUUAUUGUAAUAUUCUCAACCCCCUCAGAUAGAGAUUUAGUUUUGAAAAAAUGCUACAAACUGAAGGGGACUGGUAUAUCUGUAUCCACUGAUAGCUUAACGACUCAUGAUGUGAAGGAAAAGAAAGAUAAAGGAGAAAUGUCCUCUUCUCAAACCUACGAGAGCAUGGACAUUAAGGUCUCAGCCAAGGACAAAGCUGAGAGUGAUGACUGGGACUCUAUGGACAGUGACAAGGAGCUAGACGAACUAAACAGGAACAAAUAUGCAAUGGUGGUGUCUAAGCCCGUUCACAAACAUAAAGCAGAUAAAAAGAGGCACGGUCACCAUGAGCACGGUAGCCGGUCUGCGGAUGAGGCAGGCUACUCUGCCUCAGUUCAUUACGCUGAUGACUCCUAUGAUGAGUCUGACAAAGCCUCCAAGCCCUACUAUGGUGACCUCACCCCCGGCUGGCUUUCUCAAAGCGACUACUCCACCCCCAAGCUCAGCCGCUCCGAGUCUGACUGCUCCAAGCUCUGCCAGUCCUACUCUGAAGACUUCUCAGAGAGCCAGUACUUCAGCCGGCCCAAUGGCAGCUCUCUUCUAUCCUCCUCAGACCAGGAGCUGUGGCAGAGGAAGCAGGAGGACAUGGCGUCAUCAUGGUAUGCCAGCCAGACCCUCAGCCAGGAGAACCCUCCGUACGCUGAGCCCAACGAGGCCGAGACCACCGAGACCAUCGACAGUGGGGUGAGCAAUGGGUUGAUCUGCAUGUCUGGGGAUAGGAGCCAUUACAGCGGCUCACAGCUGUCUCUGCAGGGAGACCUCUCCCCAUGGAAGGACUGGCCUCACCUGGAGCAGGGAGCAGACUCUGGGCUGGACGCUUCCACAGAGCAGAACCUGGUGUCUGAGGUCAGCAGCCCCUUUGACCCAGCUGCCAUCCCUGGCUUCCCUGAGAACAUCACCAAGUGUCAGGAGGUGGACCUGGCAUUUGAAGGGGAGGAGACUUUCAUGUUGUAUAUGGUGGAAAGCACCCUCUUGGACACUGCCCCACUGGAGAUCACCCAACUAGAGAGUGCCCGGCUGGGUAGUGCUCCCCCCACUACUCUUUAUACAGCCCCUAUCGUAGCGAAAGAACCUGUUGUAACACCACCUGUCCAUAAGCCUAAAGCUAAAGAGACUGCUAAAACACUUCCUAAAGAAACUUCUAAAGCAGCUCCUAAAGCUAAAACACCUACUAAAGAGUUAGCUAAAACUGUUCCUAAAGAGAUUGCUAAGACUAUUCCUAAAGAGUUAGCUAAAACUGUUCCUAAAGAGAUUGCUAAGACUAUUCCUAAAGAGGUUGCUAAAACUAUUCCUAAAGAGGUUGCUAAAAUUAUUCCUAAAGAGGUUGCCAAAACACCUAAAGAGGUUGUUAAACCUAUUCCUAAAGAGGUUGCCAAAAUACCUAAAGAGGUUGCUAAAACUAUUCCUAAAGAGGUUGCUAAAACUAUUCCUAAAGAGGUUUCUAACACUAUUUAUAAAGUGACUUCUAAACCGGCAAAAGAGGUUGCUAAAUCAAUUGCUGAAGAAGCUGCUAAAACUAUUAAACUAAGAGAAACAGCCAAAAUGAUUCCUAAAGAGAAUGUUAAAACACCUCCUAAAGAAAUUGUUAAAGCUAUUCAUGCAGAGGCUCCUAAAACACCUCUGAAAGACACUCCCAAAACAAGCCCAAAAGAAACUCCCAAAACAAGUCCGAAAGACACUCCCAAAACAAGUCCAAAAGAGGCUGUGAAAAUACUUCCCAAAGACACUCCUAAAACAAGUCCAAAAGAGGCUGUGAAAACACCUCCCAAAGACACUUCUAAAACUCGUACAAAAGAGACACCUAAAAUGGUUCCUAAAGGGGCAUCUAACACGCUUCCUAAAAUGGCAGCUAAAGAAGCCCCUGAACUAUCCACCCAAACAUUCCCUGAGCUUGAUGUCAAACACAGCUUCCAACCGAGCCAGACCAAGUCAUCCACCAUGUACCGUAGCCAGAGCGAGAUCCGGUCCGAGAAAGUUGUAGAGGAGGUGCCCAAGUCCUGGAGCAGCCGCCUCAGCAUCGACCUCACCGACAAAGCUCCAUCCUUCAGCUUUGGGUUCGGCUCCACCCUGAAGAAGGCAAAAUCAGCCCUGGAGGUGGUGUGGAAGUCAGGCCCUCCACCUAGUGCCGCUCCCCCAGAGCCACCCCCAGACUCAGGCUCCUUCAUGGGCCGCUUCUGCACACUGUCCACCUCCACGGCCAACGACUCCAGCACCACCAUCGACUCAGACGUCUACACAGAUUCCUUUGUCUACAAGGCUGAAGAUGAAGAUGAGGCUACCACUGGUGACCAGCUGGAGGACAACGAGACCGCCUAUGUCGGGGUGAUGGAGCAGGUCCUGGCCAACCUGGAGAACCGGUCCAAUGCCAACGACACAGAAGAGACAGAGGAGUUUGAGGAGCCCAUACUGGAUUAUGAUCCUGAUGCCUCUCAGGAUUAUGUCUCUGAAGACUAUGAGGCUACCACCCAGGAUUACGAGGACUCUGAGGAAGUUGAGGCCACCCAGGAGGCUGCAGUCGUUCUGGAGUAUGACUGUAGUCUGGACGAGCAUUACGACGAGGAGUACAGUGAGGAUUACGUUGAUGAUGCCAUGACGGGGGACACGGCAGAGGACACAGCAGAGUAUGAGGCCAUGGUGGAGUAUGUCGAGGUGGAGGAGCCUGACGAGGAGGAAGAAGAGGAGGAGGAGGAGGAAGAGGAGUUAAUGGAGGACAUGGAAGAGGGGGAUGAGAUGGAGGAGGCCUCCGAAGCGUCUGCGUCGGAGAGGACGGAAAACCUAGAGGAUGAGAACAAAAACAUUCCGGAGAAGGAGGAGAUGCCUGCAGAGGCUCCGCCCAAAAAGCGAAUCCGUCCGACGUUUAAGGAGGCUGCGCUGAGGGCCUACAGGAAGCAGAUGGAUGAGCUGCAGCAGCAGAUCCUGGCUGGAGAAAAACCUCCACCACACAACAAGCCUCUCAAUGUGCUGGAUCCCAAAGUACUGGGCCUACAGGCUGUCGGAGGAGCUGGCUGCAUUCUUUAUGGCAUUGACAGCAUGCCAGAUUUACGCCGCAAGAGGACCUUACCUAUUGUCCGAGACCUGGCUAUGACUCUCGCUGCUCGAAAGGCAGGCAUCUCGUUCGCCCUGGUGACUAGAUCGACCCUGAACAACGAGGACCUGAAACUGCACGUGUUUAGGAAGACGUUGCAGGCGUUGAUCUAUCCCAUCUCGUCUACGACGCCUCAUAACUUUGAGGUGUGGACGGCCACCGCCCCAACCUACUGCCACGAGUGUGAGGGCCUGCUGUGGGGCAUCGCCAGGCAGGGUAUGCGCUGCUCUGAGUGUGGUGUCAAAUGCCACGAGAAGUGUCAGGAUCUACUCAACGCCGACUGCCUGCAGACCUCUGCCUUCCCUGUCUCCCCUGCCUUCCCCUGUCUUUCUCGCUUGUCUCUCCCAUCAUCCUCUGUCUUCCUCUGUCUUCCCCUACCUUCCUCUGUCUUCCUCUGCCUCCCUCUAUUCCCCCAUCUCUCCCUGCCUCCCCCUCACUCCUCUCCAGUGAUGUGUGCCCAGGGUCUGCAGGCCAAGGAUAAGACAGGUUCCAGUGACCCCUAUGUGACUGUCCAGGUAGGGAAGACCAAACGGCGUACCAAGACCAUCUUUGGGAACCUCAACCCUGUCUGGGAUGAGAAGUUCUUCUUUGAGUGUCACAACGCUACAGACCGGAUCAAGGUGCGUGUGUGGGAUGAGGAUGAUGACAUCAAGUCUCGCAUGAAACAACACUUCAAACGAGAGUCGGACGACUUCCUGGGUCAGACCAUCAUCGAGGUCCGCAUGCUCAGCGGGGAGAUGGAUGUGUGGUACAACCUGGAUAAGAGAACUGAUAAGUCGAUGGUGUCGGGAGCCAUCAGAUUGAAGCUCAACGUGGAGAUGAAGGGAGAGGAGAAAGUAGCUCCGCCCCAUGGCCAGUACACCUGUUUACAUGAGAACCUGUUCCACCACCUGACGGAGGUAAAGAACAGUGGAGCGGUGAAGAUACCAGAGGUGAAAGGAGAGGAGGCGUGGAAGGUCUACUAUGACGACGUGUCCCAGGAGAUAGUGGACGAGUUCGCCAUGAGAUACGGAGUAGAGUCCAUCUACCAGGCCAUGACGCAUUUCUCCUGUCUGUCCUCUAAGUACAUGUGUCCGGGGGUCCCAGCGGUGAUGAGUAACCUGCUAGCCAACAUCAACGCCUACUUUGCCCACACCACCACCAUCUCAACCAACAUCUCUGCCUCCGACCGCUUCGCUGCAUCCAACUUUGGGAGAGAAAAAUUUGUCAAACUUCUAGAUCAGCUGCACAACUCUCUGAGGAUUGAUCUGUCCAAGUAUCGGGAUAAUUUCCCAGCUGGUAACCCAGAGCGUCUCCAGGACCUGAAGUCUACUGUGGACCUUCUCACCAGCAUCACCUUCUUCAGGAUGAAGGUACAGGAGCUACAGAGUCCUCCCAGAGCCAGUAUGGUGGUGAAGGACUGUGUCAGAGCCUGUCUGGACUCAACAUACAAAUACAUCUUUGACAACUGUCAUGAACUCUACAACCAGCUACUAGACCAGGCCCGUAAGCAGAAUCUUCCCCGGGAGGAGCAGGGUCCGUCUAUAAAGAACCUGGACUUCUGGCCCAAGCUCAUCACUCUCAUGGUGUCUGUGAUCGACGAGGACCGCACCGCCUACACCCCUGUCAUCAACCAAUUUCCCCAAGAACUGAAUAUGGGGAAGGUCAGCGCUGAGUUCAUAUGGAACCUGUUUGCCCUGGACAUGAAAUACGCCAUGGAAGAGCACGAUAAGCACCGUCUAUGCAAGAGCACAGAGUACAUGAACCUUCACUUUAAAGUCAAGUGGUUCCACAACGAGUACGUCCGCGAACUGGCUGCCUUCAAAGACACACCCCCUGAGUAUUCUCUGUGGUUUGAGCCGUUUGUCAUUCAGUGGCUGUCUGAGAAUGAGGAUGUUGCCAUGGACUUCCUACACGGAGCUCUGGGGAGCGACAAGAAGCUUGGCUUCCAGCCAACGUCGGAACAUGUCCUGUUCUCCUGUUCGGUGGUGGAUGUGUUCACUCAGCUCAACCAGAGUUUUGAGAUCAUUAAGAAGCUGGAGUGCCCCAACCCACAGGCCCUGGCUCACUUCAUGUGCCGCUUUGCUAAGACCAUCAACAAAGUUCUGUUGCAGUAUGCUGCAAUCAUAACCAAGGAUUUUGGCUUGUAUCUGAACCAGGAGAAAGUGCCCUGCAUCCUCAUCAACAACAUCCAGCAGCUCAGAGUUCAGCUGGAGAAGAUGUUUGAGUCCAUGGGAGGCAAACAGCUGGAUGCUGAGGCCAGUGAACUACUGAAGGAACUGCAGAACAAACUCAACACCGUGCUGGAUGAGCUCAGUGCAGUCUUCGGCUCCAGUUUCAAACCGGUGAUUGAGGACUGUGUAAAGCAGAUGAACCAGGAAUUAGUCCAGAUGAAGGGGAGUGCUGCAGGGAAGAGCAACGCUGCCAUGGAUGCUGAGACUGUCCUCAGACCACUCAUGGACCUCCUGGAUAAAAAUUUGAUUUUAUUUGCAAAGAUCUGUGAGAAGACGGUGUUGAAACGAGUCCUGAAGGAACUGUGGAAGAUCGUCAUCAUCACUAUUGAGAGAAUGAUAGUCUUACCACCUCUCAAUGACCAGAAUCAAGGAGCCCAGAUGAUUUUCAGUGCUGCCAAGGACCUGGGACAGCUAUCCAAACUCAAGGACCAUGUGAUCAGAGAGGAAGCCCGUAGCCUGACACCAAGACAGUGUGCAGCCAUGGACCUUGUCCUUCCCACCAUCAAGCAAUAUUUCCACGCCGGAGGAAACGGUCUGAAGAAGACGUUCCUUGAGAAGAGCCCUGACCUCAAGUCCCUCAAAUAUGCUUUGAGCCUUUACACACAGCCUACCGAUGCCUUGAUCAAGAAGUAUAUAUGCACCCAAACCUCUCAAGGUCAGUCUACCGACAGCUCCGUGGGGGAGGUGUCCAUGCAAGUGGAUCUCAUCUCUCACCCUGGCACCGGAGAGCACAAAGUCAACGUGAAGGUGGUGGGGGUCAACAACCUAAGCUGGCAGACCAAUGCCAUGUUCCGACCGUUCGUGGAGGUGAAUGCGGUUGGGCCGCACCUCGCCGACAAGAAACGCAAGUUCACCACCAAGACCAAGAACAACAAUUGGUCACCAAAGUACAACGAAACAUUCCAAUAUGUUCUGAGCAAUGAGUAUGGUCCAGAGUGCUACGAGCUGCACGUCUCAGUGAAGGACUACUGCUUCGCCAGAGAGGACCGUAUCAUCGGCAUGGCGGUCCUCCAGCUCAGAGACCUGGCCGACCAGGGGAGCUGCUGUGCCUGCUACCCCCUGGUGAAGAGCAUCUCCAUGGACGACACCGGACUCACCAUCAUGAGGAUACUCUCUCAAAGGACCAACGACGAAGUGGCCAAAGAGUUUUGUCGUCUCAAGACCGACGUACGCUCUUCAGAGGAGGUGGCCUCCUAGUAUGGAGAUGUGAGGGAGGAAGGGAUGGAAUGAAUGGAUGAUUGCAUGGAAGGGAAGAGAGGGGGGAAGAGCGGGAGGGAGGCAAGGGGAAGGAAGGAAGGAGGGAAGGAAGGA